CGGGCCUCAACUCACUUUCUUGUUUCCUUCGUCAUCAACGACGUCUCUGGGCGCACGCGCUACAGACGACGACACGCUUCAACCACCAUGGCACCCAAUUCAGGCGCCACUGCUUCUGAGGACGCUGCAGCAGGCCCAUCAACGGCAGCAGCGGCAGCAGCGGCAGCAAAGGCAGCAUCACCGCCGCCAGCCAAGUUGACAAAGUCAUCAUCGACCUCGCCUCCAUCUUAUAGCGCCACGACAUUCUCGUCGACGAGACGCAGCCUGUCGCCAAAGGUUGCAGAAGAGCAAAAGACGAAGAGAGGCAAGGGGCAGGCAGAAGAUUCAUCUCGCUCUCGAUCACCUUCGCCGAAUACAGUCGCGUCAGGGUCUACACCAUCCUCGUCCAAGAGACUGCAUUCACCCACCUCGCCUUCGCCAUCAAAGGUGGCUCGUACAGGCGAGAGCUGCCGAGCCAGUCCUGAUCGCACCAGCACCACUCGCACCAGUCCCGCGCGCACCAGUCCCGCACGCACCAGUCCCGCACGCACAAGCCCCUCAGCAUCAUCCUCUCAGCGACGCCAGCCUUCGCCAUCUUCGCGCGAGUCAGCUACGUCACCCCUUCAGUCUCCCUCAGCCUCACGCAAAGGCAAGUUCAGAGCCUCAGCAGCCACAGCCGAUGAAGGCGCAGCAAAUGCAGCGAGCCCUCAUCGAGCCAUUGGUGGAGCUGUAAAGGCUCCUACCUCUGCUUCGGAGCGAGUCGUAGAGCGAUCCCAAGGGUCGCCUGCGCCAGCAUCUGCCACAGACCUGCCUGAAGCCGCACCUCAAGAUCGCAUAGACGAAGUCAACGCGGCAGAUAGCAGCGGUGGUGGCAACGGCAGCAAUGACUCGGCCAAUUCUUCUCUGGACGGACAGACGUCCGAGAUCGAGCUCGCCAUCACCGAUGGAGGACCACCCGUCCGCGUACCAACGCCUCUGAUGCUCACCAGCACCAUCCCUCGCGGAUCAUACCAUCAAUGUGGCACGGCGAGGCGGGUGAAAGUGUACGAGCUUCUCAACGAGACGUGGCAGGAUCGCGGGACAGGGUACUGUGCAGGCGUCUACGACGAAGGGCAGGACGAGGCGCUCCUCGUUGCGCGCACAGAGACUGAGUGCCUCAAGAUAGACGGUGCUCUGCCUGACCCUCGUCGAUUCAAAGUAGCUGGAGGUCUGCAGCAACAGCAGCAGCAGCAAGGUGCAACAGCAGACGGAGGUAACAAUGAGCAGCAGCAAGUACCCACCGCCAGCGUAGGAGAGCCGACAAGCCAUCCCUACUAUCUCAUCGUCAGCGAGAAUCUUGACAGCGAGAAGAUAUUGCUCAAAAGUCGCGUUGUCAAGGAGGACGUCUAUCAGAAGCAGCAAGAUACCCUCGUCGUCUGGACGGAGCCUGAUGGGACGGACAUGGCUUUGUCCUUCCAAGAGGCUGACGGCUGUCAUGAGGUCUGGGAAUUUAUCGUCGAAGUUCAAAAGCACUUUCAGCUGAACAGCAACCUCGGCCAGGACAGCCUGUCCGAUCCACCCACGCCAGAUCCCGGCUCACCACAAUCACAGGACUUUAGCAUGUCAGCAUUAGGCGUGGGCGGCGUGAACAUGCUUGACACGUCAGCCUUUUCACUGCCUGACCCUACUCUGGGCAACGUCGAGGAGAUCGACAUGUUCAUCAAGGGAUCAGCACAACGUGGGCCUACUGCAAGAGAGAGAAUGGCAGAGUGGGUCGUGAGAGGAGAGUACAUCCGCAAGCUCUGUCCCGUCUUUCAUGACGCAGAAGACUUGGAAAACCUCGAGGCGCUCCACUGCCUGUGCAGCAUCAUGCAGACAAUCGUCAUGCUCAACGACAGCAUGAUCAUCGAGAUGAUCCUGUCAGACGACGUGUUUCUCAGCGUUGUCGGCAUGUUCGAGUACGAUCCGGACUUCCCCACGCUCAAGGCAUCCUACCGCGACUAUCUGCGCAACACCGCCACGUUCAAGCAGGUCGUCGAGAUUGAGGAUCCUAAAGUCAUCACCAAGAUCCACCAGGUCUACCGGCUGCAGUACCUGAAGGACGUCAUUCUCGCCCGCAUCCUUGACGAUGCCAUGUUCUCUGUCCUCAACUCGUGGAUCUUCUUCCAUCAGGUGGACAUCGUCCAAUUCUGUACAUCGGACGAGAAAUUCCUGCCCAAGGUCUUUGCAAUUUGUGCACCAGACAGCACCGAGUCGCGCGAGAAGAAGCACGACUGCGUCUUCUUCCUCCAAAACCUCUGCGCAAUGGGCAAGCAGAUCCAGCUGCCAGCUCGAAUCGCCCUGUAUCGCACCCUCGCGGAGUCUGGUCUCCUCAACGUCCUGGAAUUCGCCAUGGUCGAGAAGGAGAAGAAGGUGCAAGACGCCGCUGCCGAGAUGCUCAUGGUGACCAUCGAAUACGACCCAAACAGCGUGCGUAACCACGUCCUCGAGCAGGUGGACGAAAAGCGCAAGACGCUUGUGGCUAUCAUGUCCGAUCUGCUGCACGAGGAGGAGGACUUGGGACUCAAGGCGCAGAUCUGCGAGUCGUUGCGUACUUUGUUCGACACGGGCGCAGAGAGUGGGCCCCCAAAUGCUACCAUGGCUGCAGCGGCCGCAGCUGCACGCACCAAGGGCGACCCGGAGCGCUUCCUUACGUGGCUGUACGAGGCGGAUGUGGAGCACCUCUUCUCGCCGCUGAAGACCCUGCCCAAGGUGACGGCACACUCCUCCGACUCACGCCUCAACCUCUCUCCACGGCCGCGCUCUGCCCUUUUCGGGCAUCUUUGCGACCUGCUCUGCUACUCGGUCGCGCAACACACCUUCCGCUCCCAAUACUUUGUCAUUACGAGCGUCAUAGCUGCGCACGUGGGCUCACUCCUCUUCGCAAGGGAAAAGCACAUUAAGCUCGCUGCCGUACGCUUCUUCCGUGCUUGCAUUGGGUCCAACAAUCAGUUUACCAAUCGCCACUUCAUCAAGCAGGAGAUCUUCGCCGCUGUGCUUACCUUGACGGAGCAGGAAAGCAAGCGAGACAACUUGGUGCUAUCGGCUUGCCUGGACUUGUUCGACCACAUUGCGCGCGAGCGCAUGAAGCCGCUGAUGGACCAUCUUCUCAAGGAGCACGGCGUCCGUUUGGCGGAAUUGGCCGAUGGAGAAUACACGGGUAAGGUGUUUAGCGCCCUCUUGCAGACUGCGAUCGAUUGUGAGGGCAGCGGAGGCAGUGGAGCGCGAGGAAGCAGUGUCGAGGCAGGCGAGGGAGCGGAUCCGUCUUCCUCUCAAGUCUUCCCUGAGGGCGGUGGCAGUCAAGCGAAGUCGCCUGACGAAGACGAUAAUCGCUCAUCCCCAGGCGAUGGGCCGUCCAACAAGAGUAGGGAACGCGAUCGCGCUGCGAGAGGCUUUGGUGCGCCGGGCUCGGGUCUGGACCUGGAUGAGGAUGCCUACUUCAAUGGCCCGGGCAGCGACAGUGAUGAAGAGGAUAACGAGGAGGACGAGAAUGCCAAGGCUGCUGAGCAUCACCGUAUCUCAGGAAUCAUGGCGUCAGCCGCCGCCGGUGGCGCCUCUGAAGGGGACCUGCUCGUCAUGCGCAGUACCUUGAGGGAGAGGGAGGGUCGGAUGAACAAGACAAAGGCGAUGAAAGGCAAGGGCGGACGCAGCGGCAGCGGCGCAGCCACCUCAGCCGGUACCAUCCGCGGCAUUGUACCGUAUGCGGACGACGAUGAGGAUAGCGACGAAGAGAGCAGCAACGCGGCAGGUGCGUCCACAUACUCGUCUUCACACCAAGGCAAGAGCGCCGCAUCACACGAGCAAGUCCCCACGAUGGAAGAACUCCUCCUCGGCACACCUCCGUCUGCUCCUAUCACCGCGCCUUCAGCAGCAACACCUACUAAGCGCGGGGCGACAGACGAUGACGACCUUGAAGGCGACGCAGACGCCUUUGACAGGCGCGUCAAGAGCAAGCGACGCCACACCGAUGAGGAUGACGAUGGUGAGGAAGGGUCGGCUGGCGCAGGGGAGGGGGGUUUUAUCCGCUCGACGACUCCGCUAAAAACGUACAGUGGCAGCGGUGGCGGCGGAACUGCGGGAGGGUCAAAGAAGAUUUCGCUGGGUCUCUCCUCGUCUUCUAAACAAAUGGCGGCUGAGAAUAGUGGUGCAGAGGCCGACAAGAACGAGGGCAACGGUGAGCAGGCUGCGGCUCAGGGCAGCAAGUGAGAUGAGCAAUGCAAGAUGUGGAGAGAGAUGAGGCAAGUCGCGGCUUCUCAUGUACAAAACGCAAUCAGGCGCUCUUGGGCUCCACACGAAUCCAGCGCCAUUCAAGGAUGUGCAUUCCUCGUUUGACCGGAUGAAUGAGUGCGUGGUCUACGCCUCUUACUCGGACCAAUCCCCCGUGACUCCGCCCUCGACGAAACCGCGACUAGUCCACAUG